GGGUUUCAACUUUUGAAUGUGGAACUCAUGUACCUCGUUCGCACCAGAAAGUAUUGCAAUGGAACGCUUGCAGUUCUUAAAAGGAAGCAUGGCCUGUCCCGAAGUCGCGACAAACUUUUCGCGCACCAGCAACCGCGAUGCCGUACACGUUCCAAUCGAAUCCAUUGUCGAAUGAUCCUGUGAUUACUGGAUUCAGAACUCGAGAUGUUCGUUUCCCAACAUCACUGGAUCAGACUGGUUCUGAUGCGAUGAACGAUGUCGGCGACUACAGCGCGGCAUUCUGCAUUCUGGAAACAGACAGCUCUCAUACUGGCCAUGGUAUGACUUUCACGAUCGGGAGGGGCAAUGACUUGGUCGUACAUGCGAUACCCUACUUUGCCUCCGCUCUGGUCGGUCGGACAUUGACAUCUGUGGUCAGCAACUUCGCAGCCACGUGGAAAGCCUUGACACGCGAUUGUCAGGUGCGCUGGGUGGGUCCUGAGAAGGGUGUUACUCAUCUAGCGUUGGGCAGUGUCAUCAAUGCAAUCUGGGAUCUAUGGGCCAAGUGCGCAAACAAACCCGUCUGGAACUUGGUCGCAGAUUUCACCCCAGAAGAAUUUGUGCGAUGUGUGCCUUUUGACUACAUUGAGGAUGCUAUCACACCCGAAGAAGCAGUUGCCCUGUUGACACGGGUCAGCGGGGAAGGGAAGGAACGGCGGAUGCAAGCUGCACACGACAAUCAAGCAGUACCGAUAUACACUACGAGCGCUGGCUGGCUUGGAUAUUCGGAUGAGAAGAUGUGUCAGCUACUUAAGUCAAACCAGGAAGCAGGCGUGAAGCACUUCAAAUUCAAAGUCGGCCGAGACCUGCAAGAAGAUCGCAAGAGACUCAAGCUUGCAAGGGACAUCCUGGGCUACGACGACACGACGAAGUUCAUGAUCGAUGCGAACCAAGUUUGGUCGGUACCACAGGCCAUUUCUUACGUUCAGCAGCUUGCUGAAUUCCAACCUUGGUUCAUCGAAGAACCCACAAGUCCAGAUGACAUACUUGGACAUGCUACCAUUCGACGUAAUCUAAAACAACUUGGGGUAGGCGUUGCCACUGGCGAGAUGUGUCAAAAUCGAAUAGUCUUCAAGCAACUGCUGCAAGCCGAAGCCAUCGACAUAUGCCAAGUCGACGCAUGUCGCAUGGGAGGGUUGAAUGAAGUCCUGGCCGUACUCCUGAUGGCUGCGAAAUUUGGUGUGCAGGUGGUUCCCCAUUCAGGUGGAGUUGGGCUACCGGAGCUCACGCAACACCUGAGUCUAAUUGACUAUUUGUGCGUCAGUGGCAAAGCGAGCCUUUUGGAGUACGUUGAUCACUUGCACGAUCACUUCCAGUCCCCAAGCUUAACUCAAGGCGGGUAUCUGGUCAGCCCGAAGGAACCAGGCUACAGUGUGGAGAUGCAUGACGGGAGCAUGGAUAAAUAUACAUUCCCAGCACUUGACGAAAAGGGCUGGUGGGCUAGCGAAGACGCUCGUCAAGUUCUGGAAAGGCCAGCGAUCCGACUUCCAGUCAGUUAGAGCUAGCUCUAGUGAUUAUCUACUGCUAAGUUUGGUGCUUGGCUAUAAUUUGGAAGCC